AUGUUCCAGUCCGAAGCCUUCUGCUCCGACCGCGGGCUCGGGAAAGUGGCGCUCGCGGCCUUCGGACUCGGCGUCUUCAUGGCGUCCCACGUGUGCGUACUACUGUACGCGUCUUUCGUGGCCCUGGGCGACCCACUGCUCGACACGACAGCUGUUUCGCGCUGGCGGUGCCUCGAACAGUGGAGUUUCUACGCACUGGCGCUCGGGUUCUUCCACCUGAUGGAGUUCCUAUUGACAGCUGCGUAUCGACCGACGAUUGUCAGCUACGAAUCGUUUUUGCUGAACCAUAGUCGGGAGUACCACUUGGCAGUCCUACUGAGCUGCGUCGAGUUCUGGCUCGAGUGGUGUUUCGUGCCUGGGUGGAAGUUGCAUCCUUUCGUGCGUCCUGUGGGACUGACACUGGUCGUCAUCGGUCAGUUCUUCCGCGUGGCGGCAAUGAGCACUGCGGCCAACAACUUUUCGCACCGAAUUGAGUAUUUCAAGCGGAAAGAGCACGAGCUAGUGACAAAUGGCGUGUAUCGCUUCAUUCGUCACCCGAGCUACUUGGGCUGGUUCUGGUGGAUCGUCGGCAGUCAGAUCUUGCUGGCGAAUCCGCUGUGUGCAGUAGGCUACACUUUUGUGGCCUGGAGCUUUUUCCACGACCGCAUUCCGUAUGAGGAGCGAUUACUACUUGGGUUCUUUCCGGAUGAGUAUCCAGCGUACAAGGCACGUACGUUCAGUGGUAUCCCGUUUGUGGGGGAAAGCGCUGUGCACUGUUGCAAAGUCUCAUGA